AGGAGACUAUGCUCCGAGAUUCCCAUAUAUGCCCUUCGUUCUUUCACAUAAACGUGUCUGUCUUUCGGCUUCAAUCUGAUUCAGGUGUACAUCUCUCUCUAAUUUCUGCAAAAUUUUCGCCGAAUUCCCGAUUAAAUCUCAUCCGUCUUUCUCUUAUUUUCUUUUUCACUUUCUCUUCCUUUUUUUUUUUUUUUUUUCUGAUUCUCUGUUCCAACAAGGGACAAUCCAUUCACUGCUUCCAUGAAGAUCUAGGGUUUCUUCCACUUCGUCAGCUUCAAAUCUGAACCUUUCCGCCUCGAAUUUCUGAUUUUCGAUGUUCUUGAUUCAAUGCGUUGAGCAAUGGCGUUGUGGUUCAUCUAGGUUGCUUUGGGUGAUCGAUGCUUGUUUGUUGUCCUUUUUUGUGAUCUAGGAUUAUUCUGAUUUUGUUCUGUGGAUGAGAGAUUCAAUUUGGCUACGAUGAAUAUGGAGAUAGUUAGCGAUGUGCUGUCUUUGGACGCCGAAUUGUUGCAGCUGCCGGAGGUGUCGCCUUUUGCUCUCAAGUCGAACCCUAGGUUCUCCGAGGAGCUUUUUGACCAGUGGCUUUCGCUUCCUGAGACUAACCGUCUGGUGACUUCAUUGCUGAAUGAUGCAAAGGCAGGUGUUCCCUUGAAUGUCCCUGGAAAUUCUUCUUCGACAAAUGCUGCUGCAAGCAACUCAUUACCUUCCAUGUUUCCUGCUGGCAGUGCACCUCCACUGUCACCAAGAAGUAUAUCUGGUUCUCCUCGUGUUAUGAAGCCGAGGAUUGGCCCUUCUAAUUUAAGUUCUCCUCUGAAAUUAGCUAGUGAGCCUGUUAGAGAAUUGAUACCUCAGUUUUACUUUCAAAAUGGCCGCCCACCUCCAAAUGAACUAAAGGAACAAUGUUUGUUUAGGAUCAAUCAAGUUUUCUAUGAUCACUUGGAUGGACUGCAAAUACAUGAAUUUAGAUCAGUUGCUAAGGAUAUUUGCAAGUUGCCUACAUUCCUCUCCACUACUCUUUUCAGAAGGAUUGAUGUUAAUUUCACUGGGAUUGUUACUAGGGAUGCAUUUGUUGAUUAUUGGGUCAAUGGCAACAUGUUGACGAUGGAUAUAGCAACCCAAAUAUUUAAAAUUUUAAAGCAACCAGAUCUCAAAUACCUCACUCAGGUUGACUUCAAACCUGUACUUAGAGAACUUUUGGCAACUCAUCCAGGGUUGGAAUUCCUACAAAGUACUCCUGAGUUCCAGGAAAGAUACGCUGAAACUGUAAUAUACCGAAUAUUUUACUACAUGAAUAGAUCUGGGAAUGGUCAACUUACCCUCAGAGAGCUAAAACGUGGGAACUUAAUUGCUGCAAUGCAACAUGCAGAUGACGAGGAGGACAUCAAUAAAGUGUUGAGGUACUUCUCUUAUGAACACUUCUAUGUUAUAUACUGCAAGUUCUGGGAGCUGGAUACCGACCAUGAUUUUUUGAUUGAUAAAGAGAACCUAAUCAGAUAUGGUAACCAUGCACUUACCUAUCGAAUUGUUGAUAGAAUAUUUUCCCAGAUUCCAAGAAAGUUUACGAGCAAGGUUGAAGGCAAGAUGGGAUAUGAAGAUUUUGUCUACUUCAUACUGUCGGAAGAGGAUAAAACAUCUGAGCCUAGUCUUGAGUAUUGGUUCAAGUGCAUAGAUUUGGAUGGAAAUGGAGUUCUGACAAGGAAUGAAAUGCAAUUCUUUUAUGAGGAGCAGUUGCAUCGAAUGGAAUGCAUGGCCCAAGAGCCUGUGCUCUUUGAGGAUAUAUUGUGUCAGAUAGUUGAUAUGAUUGGUCCAGAGAACGAGAGCUAUAUCACGCUGCGUGACUUGAAAGGUUGUAAACUUUCUGGAAGUGUCUUCAAUAUCCUUUUCAACCUUAAUAAGUUUAUGGCUUUUGAAACUCGUGAUCCAUUUCUCAUUCGUCAGGAGCGUGAAAAUCCAACAUUGACCGAGUGGGAUCGCUUUGCACAUAGGGAAUAUAUAAGGCUCUCGAUGGAAGAAGAUGUUGAAGAAGCCUCAAAUGGAAGUGCAGAAGUUUGGGACGAAUCACUAGAGGCUCCCUUCUGAUUUUAGUUGGUGCUGGGAAAAAAAGAAAAAAAAAAGAAAAAAAAGUCCCAAAUUCUUCUUCCAAACUGGCUGCCAGACAAUGAAACAGUCAUACCACAAGGUUAGACCUUGAGCUGAAACCUAUACGUUCAUCAGAGAAAUCCUGAGUUUGGCUAUGUGGAAUAGAUGUUUGAUGGUAGAAAGAAUAAUCAGGCCUAUGUGUGGAUGAAUUGAGAGAGGUGGCUCCAUAUCCAAGUAUCAAAAAUCUGCAAAAGGGUGCUGUUUCUGAGAGCUGCUGAUUAAUCAAAAUCAGGUAAAAGUAGUUCAGAACAUUUUUGUUCUAUUUGUAAGAUAUCAUUUAUGUCUUGAGUUUUUCUUUUCUUUUGUUCCUUGAAAAAUUAGUGGUUGUUUUUUGGAUACUUUCGUAUGUAUGGCAAUGUUUUGUAUUCUGGUGAAACUGAGUUGGAUCAUGCUCAUUUAUCAAUUUAUUGCUUGGUUCUUUUUUCUA